AUGAUUUCUCAAAGUGGUAGAUCACCGACCUCUGGUGUUGUUGAAACCUUUCACCCUUCUUAUUCUUGCUGCAGUCCUGUCUCUAGGUCAAUGUCUAGCGGGUGGGAAGAGUUAGUGGAUGGACAGCAAGGAUGGGUCAUGUUGGAUCUUGUUUUGGGAAAAGGAUUUGAGUACGGCAAUAUAAUUUUAACAUCUGCUUUUGGAGAAAAAAUUAAAGCUAAAUUGAUUAAAACUUCGAUCUCCUUAGGAAACGUUAAUACCUCAUUAAAUCAUCCCAUGGAAGUAGUUCUGGCUUUGACCGACAAAUUAUGUGUGGAUGCACUUAUUCCACAAUCUCUCUAUGAGUCCUUAUGCGAAAUAUCUUCGUAUAAUAAUGAAGAUAAAAUAAGUAAAAGCGCGGAGAAAGGGAAUCCCUCUUUUUCAGAAGAGAAGGCUAAUAUUUUUUGCCAGAUGCCCUCAGACGAAGAGUUAUCUGAGGAGGCGGGAGGGAAUGAUUCCAUUUCUUCGGAAGAAUGUUUUAUUGCCUCUGACGCGAUAAAAUUAAAGCAAGAACAAAUCGAGUGUUCUUCUUUAGAAAAUGUUCGGCAAGCUUUAAAAUUAAAUAAAGGAAAUUUUAUUUUAAUUGAGAAUUUAAUUUAUCAUAAAGAUAAAAUUCUUAAUGAGCCUGUAACUCAAUUAGUGUUACCGCGUAAAAGAAUAGAAAAAGUGAUGAAACUCGCUCACGAGUCUGUUUUCGGAGGACAUUUCGGUGUUAAGAAAACUAAAGAAAGAAUAAAGUAUAGUUUCUAUUGGCCUAAUAUGGCAAGCGAUAUUUCGAAAUUCGUAUUAACAUGUGAGGGUUGUCAAUUGAGGAGAAAAGAAAAAAUUAGUGAUAGGUCUCCAAUUACACCUGUUCUUCGACCUGAACUUCCAUUUGAAGUUGUGAACGUAGAUCUGAUAGGUCCAAUUGAACCUCCAUCUGGUCGUGGGCAUAAGUAUAUAUUGUGCUUAAUGGACCAAAUGUCUCGUUGGCCCGAAGCGGUACCCCUUCGGUCACUUUCCGCCAAAGUAACGUGUGAGGCGCUUUUAAACANGCCCAAGGAAGCGUAUUCCUUACUUAAUGCGCACGCACAUCCUAACCUUUUAACUAAACAGUGGUUAGAUGGUCAUUCUUGUGAUUCUUCCCGCGCAGCAAAUGUGAUUGAAGGCUGGCGAUGCAGACGGCCUCCUCUUAUAUGUUAA